AUGGAUAAAACCAAGAAGGAAAUAAUAACAAACUCAUUGGGCAGGAGCCCCUGCCCCCCAUAUCCCAAUAUCCAGGUCUCAGAUUCUACUCCAGGCCCCAGCUCAACCUCAGCAGAUACUUCCUACAGAACAGUCAAUAGAAAAUACCCAGUUGUGAAAGAACGGGGAUUUUACUCAGAUGUCCUUACACCAGGAGCCUCUGAUCUUUUGGGGGAUGUGUGUGCUGGUCCCAAUGUAUACAAAGACUUACUGAAACAGUCAGAGCUUGAAAAGCAUACACCAAAAGUAACAACAUUUGCUACUCCUGAGAAUAUUGGGGUUAUCUUGGAUAAUCAACGAAUAGGAGAAACUACAGAAAUUAUCAAAGAGUCGGAUUUCCCACUGCAAGCAUAUAAACCCAAAGUACAAAUUCCCUUUGAAGUGCUCCCAGGGCAAUGCCCUCGCAAGAUUGCGAUCGAGAGGAGGAGACGAUUAUAUCUCAGCCUAGAUAUCACUCAACUUUUAGAAGAUGCAGGCAUAGAUUCCAAUGAGUUGAUGCCAAGACACCAAGACCCUGACAAUAUGCCAACAAUUGAGCAGAAAAAAGACCCCCUUUUCCCCCUUUAUCUUCCAUUACAGAUUUUUGAUGAUGAAGAGUAUGAUUGUAGGACUCCAGAAGAAUGGCUCUUAUUGGGGGUGGAGCCUGAAUCUGAUGACCGGAAACCAAUUCCAGGAAAAGCACUCCUACCUACAGAUGAUGUAUUGGGGCAUGAUGAUCCCAAAAGUCAGAAACUGAUCUAUAAGUGGAUAAAUGUUGGUGUCUUGGAUUACGAUAAGGAGACGAAACUUUACUUGGUACAUAAGACAAACUGGAUGGGCCUAGUGCGGGAUGAAAACGGGAUACGUAUACUCAAUGGAGGAAUGACUGGUGAAGGGAGAAUACCACUGAUGCCUUGUCAGUAUUGGGUGCCCCGUGUCCGUUUGCUUUUUCUUGCUGAAGAUCCCCGUGUUUUUGCUGAGCGAGUUAUUUCUGCCAAUGACUUGAGGAAGAAAACACAGGCGCUAUUGUUGUAUAACAUAUAUGUGGACUGUAUGCCUGUGGAUGGAUUACAAAGCAUUGAAGAGAAGAGUUUGCAACAGAUGAAGCAGAUGGCAGUGGAAACUUCACGUUUAAGGAAAGGAAGUUACGUUUUAGAUCGGCUGCACCUCCUGGGGAAGGAAGUGUCCCUAGACUUCGAGCGUACCAUGAACAAGAUUAACUUUGACAGAAUUGUCACUUCCAAGCCUCAGACAUUCUCUUAUGUCACUCUACCUGAGAAAGAGGAGGAGAAGGUGCCAGAGAAGGGUCUCAUUGAUAUCCCAGAAUACCCGUUCAAUGAGCAAAGGGAAGCUUUUAGCUUUGUCUCCCUCCUGACACGACCAGAAGUCAUCAUGGCUUUGUGCCAAGUACGGGACGAAUGCAAUAAAACUGCAGCUAUGUCGCUCUUCCAUUCAACCCUGACCAAGUAUGGCCGACUAGAGGAGUUUGAACAGAUCCAAACACAGACCUUUUCCCAGAUUUCAAUGUUCCUCAAGGAUACGUGGAUCAAUACUCUAAAGAUUGCAGUGAGGAGUAGUCUGAGGGACAUAGGGAGAGGCUGGUACAACUUGUACGAGACCAAAUGGGAAGUAUACCAGAUGUCCAAGCUUCAUCAGCUGAUGGAGUUGAUCAAGUUUAUGUUGCAGGACUCUGUACGUUACCUGAUCCAGGAUUCACUGGUCAACUUCACCCAGCUCUUUAUGGAUGCCUGCUACAGUGUCCUGAAUUGCCCUGAUGAUAUGGUGUGGGGAGAUGACCUUGUUAACAGCCCAUACAAGCCCCGAAAAAAUCCCAUAUUUAUAGUUGAUCUGAAUCUGGAUAAUCUUGGUGUCCGUUUCAGCACACCUUUGGAGAACUUUGAGACAUCACUUGUUUCUCUGUAUAAUAAAGGGAUCUUGGCUACCCACACAAUACCACAGCUAGAGAAAUAUGUGCUUGAAAACAUGUUCAUCUGUGGCACGCCAUUGUUGGAAUCCGUGGGCCUGAAUGAGCCAGCUGUGGUAGAACUGCGCAACACCAUCUGCACGUGCAUCCGCAAAGCCCUGAUCCCCCUCCAAGCUUACGCCAAGAAUUAUGAGAAGUACUUAGAACUGAAUAACCGUGAAAUCCACAGCCUCCUACACCAAUAUGAGAUCCAGUGUCCCCCUGCUCAAGAAGUGCGAGAGAUAGUAAACAUGCAUUUGGCAGAAAAGGAGUUGCUGGACAACAGUUUGCCAAGCAGCAUGGUCAUCGGCCCUUUUUACCUUAGUGUUGAAGGCCUAAGGCAAAACCUCUCCAAGAAAUGCAAAGCUUUGGCCACCUCUAUGCUGGAUAUCUUGGCUAAGAACUUGCACAACCAGGUGGAAGAUAUCUGCGAAGCCUUCAAAGCCAUCAGCAGAAAAAUUUACGAAAAACCAAACAGCAUUGAGGAACUGUCUGAGCUGCGGGAAUGGAUGAAAGGAAUCCCUGAGAAGCUGAAAGUGCAGGAGGAGUUGAUAAGUAAGGUCAUGGAAGAAUACGAAGUCAUGGAGGAAUUUCUCUACAAUUUGACUCAAGAUGACUUCAAUGAUAAAUGGGCUGCAAGCAACUGGCCUCUGAAGAUCAGCAAUCAAAUUGAACUGAUACGACAGCAGCAUAUUGAAGAUGAGGAGAGGUUCCGUAAAAUUCAGUUCAUGGAUCAGACCAACUUCUUGGAACGGCUGGAUGGUCUACAGCUUGCUGUGGCUGGGUUUUCUGCACACACAGAUAUUAACCGUGCCCAUGAGAUAGCCAAUGAAGCAAGAAGAAUCCGGAAGCAAUUGAAGGACUCCCAGCAAAUGGCACUACUCUACAACAACCGGGAACGAAUUUUUGGCUUGCCGGUGACUAAUUAUGACAAGUUGUCCAGGAUGGUGAAGGACUUUCAGCCCUUCUAUGAUCUCUGGACUACAGCAUCAGACUGGCUUCGCUGGGCUGACAGCUGGAUGAAUGAUCCUCUGUCUGCAAUUGAUGCAGAGCAGCUGGAGAAGAAUGUCAACGAGUCCUUUAAGACAAUGCACAAGUGUGUGAAACAGUUCAAGGAUAUUCCAGCAUGCCAGGAAGUGGCUCUGGAAAUCCGUGGCAAGAUUGAAGAAUUCAAACCAUACAUACCCCUGAUUCAGGGGCUGCGCAACCCUGGUAUGCGCAACCGUCAUUGGGAGUUGCUUUCCGAGGAGAUCAAAAUCAAUGUGAAGCCGAAGGCCAACUUGACAUUUGCACGCUGUCUGGAGAUGAAGCUUCAGGAUCACAUUGAGAGCAUAGCCAAAGUAGCAGAGAUUGCAGGGAAGGAAUACUCAAUUGAGAAUGCCUUGGAUAAGAUGGAGCGUGAAUGGGAAUCCAUUCUCUUCAAUGUCGUUCCCUACAAAGAAACAGAAACAUUUAUUCUGAAGAGCCCCGAUGAAGCUUCUCAGCUUCUGGAUGAUCACAUUGUUAUGACGCAAAGCAUGUCCUUCUCACCAUAUAAGAAGCCAUUUGAGGAAAGGAUAAACACAUGGGAAAAUAAGCUGAAAAUGACCCAGGAUGUCUUGGAGGAGUGGUUGACAUGCCAGCGUUCCUGGCUCUAUCUGGAACCCAUUUUUAGCUCAGAAGACAUCAACAGACAAUUGCCUGUGGAAAGCAAACGCUACCAAACCAUGGAAAGGACAUGGAGAAAGAUCAUGAAGAAUGCCAAUGAGAACAGAGAGGUGAUUAAUGUUUGUCCUGAUCCCAGGCUGCUGGAAAAGCUGCGGGAAUGUAAUAAACUGCUGGACCUGGUGCAGAAAGGCCUAAGUGAAUAUUUGGAGACCAAGAGAGGAUCUUUCCCAAGAUUCUACUUCCUUUCUGAUGAUGAACUGUUAGAAAUACUGUCUCAGACCAAGGACCCCACAGCUGUGCAGCCUCAUCUCCGCAAGUGCUUUGAGAAUAUUGCACGGUUACACUUUCAGGAAGAUCUUCAAAUUACACACAUGUAUUCUGCAGAAGGGGAAGAAGUGAAACUUUUCUUUCCUAUUUAUCCCACGGGCAAUGUGGAAGACUGGCUGCUGGAAGUUGAGAAGAUGAUGAAGGCCAGUGUGCGGGACAACAUCGAAAGGUCAAUCAAAGUUUAUCCACGUACACCACGGACGAAAUGGGUCUUAGAUUGGCCAGGCCAGGUGACCAUUGCUGGAUGUCAAACGUAUUGGACAAAAGAAGUGUCCGAGGCUCUAGAAGCACGAGAUUUGGCCACCAGACUGUUUCCACAGUUAAGUGCUCAGCUGAGUGAUCUAGUAGCACUUGUACGAGGGAAGCUGUCUCGGAUGCAGCGGACGGUGUUAUCUGCUCUCAUUGUGAUUGAAGUUCAUGCCAAGGAUGUGGCAGCUAAACUUAUUGAGGAGAAUGUCAUGAGUGAGAAUGAUUUUGAGUGGAUUUCCCAGCUCAGAUAUUACUGGACAAGAGAUGAUUUGUAUAUACGGGCAGUGAAUGCUGAAUUUAUCUAUGGCUAUGAAUACUUGGGCAAUAGUGGACGCCUGGUGAUCACACCUCUCACUGACAGAUGCUACCUGACACUUACUGGAGCUUUGCAUUUGAAAUUUGGAGGUGCCCCUGCAGGACCAGCUGGAACAGGCAAAACGGAGACAACUAAAGACCUGGGGAAAGCUUUAGCUAUCCAGACUGUUGUGUUUAAUUGCUCUGAUCAGCUUGAUUUCAUGGCAAUGGGGAAAUUCCUGAAAGGACUAGCCAGCUCUGGAGCCUGGGCUUGCUUUGAUGAGUUCAACCGCAUUGACAUUGAAGUGUUGUCUGUAGUGGCCCAGCAGAUCACAACCAUUCAGAAGGCUCAACAGCAAAGAGUAGAUCGUUUCAUAUUUGAAGGAGCUGAGAUCCCACUGGUUCCAUCUUGUGCAGUCUUCAUCACAAUGAAUCCUGGCUAUGCUGGACGCACAGAGCUACCAGAUAAUUUAAAGGCACUUUUUCGUCCUGUGGCUAUGAUGGUUCCAGAUUACUCUAUGAUUGCUGAGAUUUCUUUGUAUUCCUUUGGGUUCAAUGAAGCCAAAGUUCUGGCAAAGAAGAUCACUACUACAUUCAAACUGUCUUCUGAACAACUCAGUUCCCAGGAUCACUAUGACUUUGGAAUGAGAGCUGUGAAGACUGUGAUUUCAGCUGCUGGCAAUCUCAAAAGGGAAAAUCCAACAAUGAAUGAGGAACUGAUUUGCCUAAGGGCCAUCAAGGAUGUCAAUGUUCCUAAGUUCCUGCAGGAUGAUCUCAAGCUUUUCAAUGGCAUCAUUUCUGACCUGUUUCCCAUGAUCAAAGAGGAACCUAUUGACUAUGGCAUCCUAGAGGAAGCAAUUCACAGAUACUGUCUCAAAGACAACUUGAAGGAUGUUGAUGGUUUUGUGACAAAGUGUAUCCAGCUGUAUGAAACUACUGUGGUACGGCAUGGCCUCAUGUUGGUGGGGCCCACAGGCUCUGGAAAAACUAAGUGCUAUAAAGUUUUGGCAGCUGCUAUGACUUCUUUGAAAGGUCGGCCUUCAGUCAGUGGUGGAAACUAUGAAGCUGUCAAUUAUUUUAUAUUGAAUCCCAAAUCUAUUACAAUGGGCCAGCUGUAUGGAGAGUUUGACUUGUUAACUCAUGAAUGGACAGAUGGGAUUCUUCCUGCUCUUAUCCGGGUGGGAGCCAUUGCUAGUGAUCAGAAAAAGAAAUGGUACAUGUUUGAUGGUCCAGUUGAUGCUGUUUGGAUUGAAAAUAUGAACACUGUGCUGGAUGACAACAAGAAGUUGUGCCUUAGCUCUGGUGAAAUCAUUAAGCUAACAGAGGCCAUGACCAUGAUGUUUGAAGUGCAGGAUUUAGCUGUUGCUUCUCCUGCCACUGUUUCCCGGUGUGGCAUGGUAUACCUGGAGCCCAGCAUUUUGGGACUGCAGCCCUUCACUGAAUGCUGGCUGAAGAAGAUUCCGGACAUUAUGAAGCCAUUUUCGGAGCAGCUGGAGUCCCUUUUCAGCAGAUUCCUAGAGGAAUCUAUAAGAUUUGUCCGGAGUUCAGUAAAGGAGAUAAUUGCCUCAACGGAUUCUAACCUGACAAGGAGUCUUCUGAAAUUAAUGGACUGUUUCUUUCAGCCCUUCAUUCCCAUUGAGGGAAUGAAAAGAAUACCCCCGGAAAAGACAGCCCGAAUUGGUGAACUGAUCGAACCCUGGUUCAUAUUUGCUUUGAUCUGGAGUGUGGGAGGGACAGGGGAUGCCCAAAGCCGUGUAUCCUUCAGCACAUGGUUAAGGAGGAAGAUGUCAGAUAAGAAGAUUGAAAUACUGUUCCCAGAAGAGGGAUUGGUCUAUGACUAUAACUUGAAUGAUGCUGGGAUUAGCAGCCUUGAGGAAGAGGAGGAUGAAGAUGAAAUGAAUGUGGUGUACUGGGAGAACUGGAUGGAUUGCUGUACAGAGUUUACCAUGGUGCCUGAUACUAGCUUUUGCGACAUUAUUGUUCCCACAAUGAACACAGUCCAGAUGGCAUACCUGUUGGAAAUGUUAGUCACCAACCAUAAACCAGUUCUUUGUAUUGGUCCUACGGGGACAGGGAAAACCCUCACUAUAGCAGACAAGCUUCUGAAGAACCUGCCGCUAGAAUAUAUCAGCCACUUUCUGAUGUUCUCUGCUCGAACCUCAGCCAACCAAACCCAAGACCUCAUUGACAGCAAGCUGGAUAAAAGGCGCAAGGGAGUUUUUGGCCCUCCGCUUGGCAGGUACUUCAUAUUUUUCAUUGAUGACCUAAACAUGCCAGCAUUGGAGACCUAUGGUGCCCAGCCACCCAUUGAGCUCCUUCGGCAGUGGAUGGAUCAUGACGGCUGGUACGAUAGGAAACAAAUCGGUACCUUUAAGAAGCUGGUAGAUAUUAACUUUGUCGGUGCCAUGGGACCACCUGGUGGAGGAAGAAAUGCUGUCACCCCACGCCUCACCCGCCAUUUCAACUAUCUCUCAUUCACCGAAAUGGAGGAUAGCAGCAAGAAGAAAAUCUUCUCCACUAUUUUAAGCAAUUGGAUGGCUGGACGACUAGGAGAAAUAUGUUACAGAGAUCCAGUCCCUGGAUGCCCUCAAGUGGAAGACCUAAAUGAACCACUUGUUGAUGCCACCAUACGAGUGUAUUCAACCAUCACGUCCCAACUGUUGCCCACUCCAGCAAAGUCUCAUUAUACCUUUAAUCUGAGGGAUCUCUCCAAGGUUUUCCAAGGGAUGCUCAUGGCAGAACCUGCCAAAAUUGUGGAUAAACUGCCCCUGCUGCAGCUGUGGUACCAUGAGAGUUGCCGUGUGUUCCGUGACCGCCUGGUUAAUGAAGAGGACCGGACUUGGUUUGAUGAUUUGAUGAAGAGCAUGAUGUUGGAAUGGGAAACCACCUUCGACGAAGUCGUUCCUUAUGAGCCCCUUCUCUAUGGGGAUUUCAUGAUGCCUGGUACCGAUGUGAAGCUUUAUGAACUGAUUGAUGACAAAGACAAGCUUAUGCAUGUGAUUGAGGAGUACAUGGAGGAAUACAAUCAGAUCAAUACGACCAAGAUGAAGCUAGUGCUCUUCAUGGAUGCUAUGCAGCACAUUUGCCGUAUCACUCGUAUUUUGCGCCAGGCACUGGGCAAUGCUCUUCUCUUGGGUGUUGGUGGCAGUGGGAGGCAAUCUCUCACCAAACUAGCAUCUCACAUAGCUGAUUAUGAAUGUUUUCAGAUAGAACUUUCCAAGAACUAUGGCAUGCCUGAGUGGAGAGAAGAUCUCAAAAAGAUCAUGCUGAAGGCUGGUCUGCAAAGCCUGCAGAUUACAUUUCUGUUUACAGAUACACAGAUUAAAAGUGAGUCCUUUCUUGAGGAUAUCAACAACCUUCUGAAUUCAGGAGACAUACCCAAUCUGUAUGCCCCAGAUGAACAGGACCAGAUUAUGACCACUAUGAAGCCUAUUGUUCAGGACCAGGGGCUUCAGCCUACCAAGGCCAACCUGAUGGCUGCAUACACAGGGCGAGUGCGCAGUAACAUCCACACCGUCCUAUGCAUGAGCCCUAUUGGAGAAGUAUUCCGAGCACGACUCAGACAGUUCCCAUCUCUAGUGAACUGCUGUACCAUUGACUGGUUUAAUGAGUGGCCUGCAGAAGCCCUGGAGUCUGUUGCUGCAUCCUACUUCAAUGAGAUCCCAGAUACUGAAACCACCCCAGAAGUUAUACAGGGAAUGAUUGAGAUGUGUGUAGAAAUUCAUCAGAGUGUAGCACACAAGUGCAAGGCUUAUCUGGCCGAACUGGCAAGACAUAAUUACGUCACUCCCAAAAGCUACCUGGAGCUGCUCAGCAUCUUCACCACCUUGAUAGGAACAAAGAAGCAGGAGUUCAAAGUGGCCAAGAAAAGAAUGAAAAGUGGAUUGGACAAGCUUUUGCGAACUGCAGAAGAUGUAGCAAAAAUGCAGGAAGAGCUAGAAUUAGCCCGCCCCCUGCUGGCUGAGGCUGCCAAAGACACACUGGUGACCAUGGAACAAAUACAGGUAGACACAGCUGUAGCGGAGGAGACCAGAAAUGAUGUGCAGGCGGAGGAAAUGAAAGCAAAAGUGAAAGCUCAGACUGCCCAGGCGAUUGCUGAUGAUGCACAGAAGGACCUGGCCGAAGCCCUCCCUGCCCUGGAUGCUGCCCUCGCAAGCUUAAGGAACCUCAACAAAAAUGACGUUACUGAGGUGAGAGCAAUGCAGCGUCCUCCAGUUGGAGUGAAAAUGGUGAUUGAAGCUGUCUGCAUUAUGAAGGGAAUCAAGCCCAAGAAAGUGGCAGGAGAGAAGCCAGGCUCUAAGAUAGAUGAUUACUGGGAGCCUGGCAAAGGUCUUCUUCAGGAUCCAGGGAAAUUUCUUGAAAGCCUAUUUAAAUAUGAUAAGGAUAAUAUUGCAGAUACCGUGAUUAAAUUAAUCCAGCCAUAUAUCGACAGUGAAGAAUUUCAGCCGGCAGCCAUAGCCAAAGUGUCCAAAGCCUGCACAUCUAUCUGCCAGUGGGUUAGAGCCAUGCAUAAGUACCACUUCGUGGCAAAAGCUGUGGAGCCAAAGCGACAAGCCCUGAGGGAGGCUGAGGAAGAUCUACAGGCCACACAGAAGAUCCUUGAUGAGGCCAAGGAACGUCUACGAGAUGUGGAGGAGGGUAUUGCCCAUCUUCAGGCCAAAUACAAAGGCACCUUAGCCACAAAAGAGGAGCUGGAGAUGAAGUGUGAGCAGUGUGAACAGAGACUGGGUCGGGCUGACAAGUUAAUUAAUGGCCUGGCUGAUGAAAGGGUGCGCUGGCAGGAAACAGUCCAGAACCUAGAUUAUAUGAUCAACAACAUUGCUGGAGAUGUGCUGGUUUCAGCUGGCUUCAUAGCAUACCUGGGCGCUUUUACGGGUCAAUACCGCAUAUCACUUUAUGAGGAAUGGGUAAGUCAGCUUCAGUCACAUAAUGUUCCACACACCAAGGAGCCAAACCUGAUAGCCACACUUGGAGACCCAGUGAAAAUCCGAUCAUGGCAGAUUGCAGGUCUACCCAAUGAUACUUUGUCGGUAGAGAAUGGGAUGAUAACACAGUUCUCUCAACGCUGGACUCUGUUCAUAGACCCCCAGGGACAAGCCAACAAAUGGAUAAAGAACUUGGAGAAAGAUAAUGGGUUAGAUACCUCGAAGCUCAGUGACCGGGACUUCCUGCGCAGCUUAGAGAAUGCUAUUCGUUUUGGAAAGCCCUUUCUCCUGGAGAACGUAGGGGAAGAACUGGAUCCUGCUCUUGAACCAGUCUUGCUGAAACAGACUUACAAACAACAAGGUAGCACAGUGCUGAAGCUGGGAGACACUGUAAUCCCAUAUCACGAGGAUUUCAAGAUGUACAUCACCACCAACCUACCUAAUCCCCACUACACACCAGAGCUAUCCACCAAGCUCACACUGAUUAACUUCACCCUCUCCCCCAGUGGCCUAGAGGACCAAUUGCUAGGCCAAGUAGUGGCUGAAGAGCGGCCUGACUUAGAAGAGGCUAAGAACCAGCUGAUUGUCAGUAACGCCAAAAUGCGGCAAGAGCUGAAGGAGAUAGAAGAUCAAAUCCUGUACCGCCUCAGCUCCUCUGAGGGGAACCCUGUUGAUGAUUUGGAGCUCAUCAAAGUGUUGGAGGCAUCUAAGCUAAAAGCAGGAGAAAUUCAGGCCAAAGUGAAGGUAGCUGAGCAAACGGAGAAGGAUAUUGAUAUCACUCGGCUGGAGUACGUGCCGGUGGCUGUGCGCACCCAGAUUCUUUUCUUCUGCGUCUCAGACCUGUCCAAUGUUGACCCCAUGUACCAGUAUUCAUUAGAAUGGUUCCUCAACAUAUUCCUGACAGGAAUUUCAAACUCUGAGAGAGCAGACACGCUCAAGAAGCGGAUAGCAAAUAUCAAUAAGUACCUGACCUUCAGCCUCUACAGCAACGUAUGCCGCAGCCUCUUUGAGAAGCACAAGCUCAUGUUUGCCUUUCUAGUGUGCAUCCGGAUCAUGAUGAAUGAAGGCAAAGUAGACAUGGACGAAUGGCGAUACCUUAUUUCUGGUGGUGCCGUUAAGACUGUACGAGAUAACCCAGCUCCUACAUGGUUAUAUGAAAGAGCGUGGAAUGAUAUCUUGUCCUUAAGCAACCUACACAAUUUUUCCAGAUUUGCAGAUGAUUUUGUGACAAACUUGCCUGCUUUCCGAGGAAUUUUUGACAGCGCCGAGCCUCACAGGGAACCUCUGCCUGGCAUCUGGAACACCAAAUUGGAUUCCUUCCAGAAGCUGCUGGUCCUGCGCUGUCUCCGCGGGGACAAAGUCACCAAUGCAAUGCAGGACUUUGUGGCUACGAACUUGGGGCAGAGCUUUAUUGAGCCACAGACUGCAAACCUCUCUGUGGUGUUUAAGGAAUCUGCUUCGACCACCCCCUUGAUCUUCGUCCUCUCUCCAGGCACAGACCCAGCAGCUGAUCUCUACAAAUUUGCUGAAGAAAUGAAGUUUUCCAAGAAACUCUCUGCUAUUUCUCUAGGCCAAGGACAAGGUCCCCGUGCAGAAGCCAUGAUGCGCACCGCUAUGGAGCGUGGGAAGUGGGUCUUCUUCCAGAAUUGCCACCUGGCUCCGAGCUGGAUGCCCUCUUUGGAGAGACUCAUUGAAGGCAUCAACCCUGACAAGGUGCACCGGGACUUCCGACUUUGGCUCACCAGUUUGCCUAGUAGCAAGUUUCCAGUGUCCAUCCUCCAGAAUGGGUCCAAGAUGACCAUUGAGCCCCCUCGAGGAGUAAAAGCCAAUCUGCUGAAGUCUUACAAUAGCCUGAACAAUGACUUCUUGAACUCCUGCACCAAGAUUACUGAGUUCAAGUCCUUGCUUCUCUCCCUUUGCCUCUUCCAUGGGAAUGCACUGGAAAGGAGGAAGUUUGGGCCCCUGGGGUUCAACAUUCCUUAUGAGUUCACGGACGGAGACUUGCGCAUCUGCAUCAGCCAGCUGAAGAUGUUCCUGGAUGAAUAUGAAGACAUCCCCUACAAGGUUCUGAAGUACACUGCUGGAGAGAUUAACUAUGGCGGCAGAGUGACUGAUGACUGGGACAGGCGCUGCAUCAUGAAUAUUUUAGAAGAUUUCUACAGUCCAGAUGUUCUAAUUCCAGAACAUUGUUACUCCCAAUCUGGUAUCUACAAGCAAAUUAGUACCACUUAUGACCUCAAUGGAUACAUCCAAUACAUCAAGUCCCUUCCUCUCAAUGACAUGCCAGAGAUAUUUGGAUUGCAUGACAACGCCAACAUCACCUUUGCUCAGAAUGAGACCUUUGCACUGCUUGGGGCCAUUAUUCAGCUUCAGCCAAAGACAUCAACCACAGGAGGACAAAGCAGGGAGGAGAUUGUGGAGGAGACAUCGAAAGACAUAUUGGAGAAGGUGCCUCAGCCUGUUAACUUGCACGAAGUAAUGUUGAAAUAUCCUGUGCUGUAUGAGGAGUCCAUGAACACUGUUUUGGCACAGGAGGUGAUCAGAUACAAUCGUCUUCUGGAAGUAAUUGCGGGGAGUUUAAAAGAUCUUCUGAAAGCUCUCAAAGGCCUAGUGGUAAUGUCAUCCCAGCUGGAACUGAUGUCCAACAGCUUGUACAACAACAUUGUCCCAGAGAUGUGGAAUACUAAGGCCUACCCAUCCCUAAAGCCUUUGGCCUCCUGGGUGAAUGACCUGCUGCUGCGCAUUGACUUCCUGCAUAAGUGGAUUGCUAAAGGGAUACCGCCGGUGUUCUGGAUAAGUGGCUUCUUCUUUCCUCAGGCUUUUUUAACAGGGACACUGCAGAACUUUGCCAGGAAGUCUGUCAUAUCCAUAGAUACCAUCUCUUUUGACUUUAAGGUGAUGAGAAAGUCUGUAAAUGAACUAACUCAACGUCCUGCUGAAGGAUGUUACAUCCAUGGCUUAUUUUUAGAAGGGGCUCGUUGGGACCCCAUGUUUUUCCAGCUCACAGAGUCACGGCCUAAGGAGCUGUACACAGAGAUGGCAGUCCUCUGGUUGGUUCCUGUGCCCAACCGCAAGCCUCCAGCCACAGGCAUCUAUCUGUGCCCCAUCUACAAGACACUCACUCGUGCAGGAACACUGUCAACAACCGGUCAUUCUACUAACUAUGUGAUUGCUGUAGAAAUCCCCACCAAGAAGCCUCAGAGGCACUGGAUUAAGCGGGGUGUUGCCUUGAUCUGCGCCUUGGACUUCUGAACAGUGGAACAAUAUAGCUGAACAGUUCAUUAAAGCAUUCAACCGAUGAGGAGAAUGGCAUUAUAUGGCAGCAAUACAAGACUAGAUUUAUUUGAUGAAGCCUCACCUGAGGAAACACAUAGCUAAUCAGGAUGAUACCUAAACAAACUGUUACAAAACUGAAAUAAGGUUCUCUUCCCAUGAAUUUAAAUGUUAUA